AUGGAACCGAUUUCAAAGACUCAGAGAACUAUUCACGAUGACUCCAAGUCAAUGGGCAGACGCUUUGUCGACCUCGCCAAGGUAUGGACCGAAUCAACAGCCACGAUCCUCGCUAACACUCCGCCUUUCUUCCUAGCACCAUCUUCAGUCGUCGAGAAUCCCGGAAGUUGGGCAAAGAAACCUUUACUCUUCACAGCACCAACGAAAGAACUCGAUCCAGCGAAACGAAGUCUUUCAGUCCUGCAAUUGUUCCUGGCAGGCCUUCGGAGCCAAUUGUAUGUUGCAGGUGCUCCAAAUAUCAGCAUCAAGAAACCUCUUAAUGCUUUCCUUGGCGAACUCUUCCUUGCUUCUUGGAGUGAGGGAGACAGUGACACCAAGUUGGUAGUUGAGCAGGUUAGCCAUCAUCCGCCGAUCACUGCGAUGCAUAUUUCUGCAGAUGGAAUAAGAGCGGAUGGUUAUGGGCGAGUUGAGAUGACGUUUAAUGGAAACAUCAACAUUCGGCAAAUGGGACAUGCUAUAAUACACCUCGAUAAGUUUGAUGAGGAUUACCUGGUUCCUCUAACAGACGUCACCGUACGGGGCUUUCUGUCAGCAUGUCUUUACCCAGAGAUCAUAGGCACAUAUACAAUUGUCUCAAGCUCUGGAUAUGUCUCAGAGAUCGACUUUUCCGGUGCUGGUAUUUUCCGAGGCAAGAGAAAUUGCUUCGAGGCGAUGGUCUAUCACAAAGAUGAGCCCAAGAAGCAUUGCUACAAGCUAUCGGGAGUCUGGAGCGAGGGAUGGAAGAUUACGGACGGCAAAGGAAAGUUGUUGGAGAGAUAUACUGUCGACCCAGAGACAUCUGCAGACAUGCAUAUCGAUCCAGUGGAAGAACAAGACCCCCGAGAGUCAAGAAGAGCAUGGGGAGAAGUCAUCUCAGCUCUAGAGCAAGGGAAUUAUCGGGAUGCAUCGCAUGCGAAGCACGAGGUUGAGGAGGCCCAGCGUCAGAAGAGAAGAGACGAGAAGGCGCAAGGAAAAUCAUGGGAGCCGUUAUUGUUCCAGAGUCUACCAGGUGAUGAUCACAGAGCCUUCCAUCAGUUGGCUCAAGGGACGAAAUGGAAGCUUCAUGAUCAGGAGACGAAGGGAGUUUGGAGAAUUAAUGAUGAGGCUUUGCAGAAGAUGCGAAAGGAGGAUGGGCAGAUUAUGAUUUGA